AUGCCCCGCCGACCCUCUGCACUCCCCUUCCGCUGCUACCGACGUCGACAGCCGCGCCUCCACCGCCUGCCGGUCACCGCCUCCACACCGUUGCUGCUGCUCCUGCGCCCCGCACAGCCCGCGCCCAGUCACCAACCACCGCGUGCCCCUGCUCCGAGUGCUGCUGAUCCGCGCCCGAUAGACGACACCACUGCCGCUGUCCUGAUCUGCCCACUUGAACGCUCGACUCCGGCAGAUGUGAGCCGGACCGCUGCUGCCCGAGCACCGCUGGUCGUCGCACCACCGUGCCCCUGCACCGUGCCGCACCAUCGCGCUCGGAUCUCCGCGCCGCGCCUCAACGCCCUGCCGGCCUUGCCCGCAACACCGUCGCCGAUCGACCCACGCGGCCCCGACGCUGAGCCCCGCCUUGCGUCGCCUGUCCCCGAUCCGCCCGCGAAGCCGCUCCGCCUGCAGAUCUGUGACCCAGACGCCCGUGAAGCCUCUCCGCCUGCAGAUCCGAGCCCACCGCAACACCGCGACCAGAUUCCCCGAGUUGCAGUCCCAUUCGCUGCCCUGCCGUCGGAGCCGAGCACCUGCGCCCGCGACGCCGGCCGAGAUCUCGCCUGCCGCUACUCCUCGCGACGCCACUGCUCGCCGCCGAUCCGCUCGCUGCUGGUCCUCAUCGCCGGAGCUCCGACGAUUAACUCCCGGUGGACCUCCACCGAAGCUGCCAAAUCGUGA